CGUAUGUUGAUUUGCUAGUAUAUUUUUAUUGACAGUACUUUUAGGGAAUAUAGUCAACAAGACAAUUAUUACUUUUUUUCAGGUCAAUGUUGUAAAAUCUUAUGUUGAAAGAUAUCUAAUUUUAUGGUAUAAAAGCAUAAAGCUCACUGUGGCAGGGAGCAUUUUUAGUUGAAAAUGAUCUAAUGCUUUUUAAUGUUGGGUUUUUUGGAUAUAGCAAAAAAAGGAGGCGAGUUCUACGAUCGCCCUCUUCAAGCUCUGAUUCAUCCUUUUUUCCGGGUUGAAGGGAGGGAGGCGGAGAUCUCGCUAAAAAUAUUUACAUAUGGGCCGUUAGAAUGGUUACAUCAGCUGUUGGACUGGUGCCUCUCCAGCAGAAUAUGUCGAUGUAUGCCAAUGUGUUCCGCCUGGAUAAGAAGUGUGAGAAAGAGAAUUUCCCCGAGAGGUUUGACGAACACAAAAGACAGAUAGAACAUCUGGUCGCGUUUUUAUUAGAUCAUGAAGAAAAGGCAAAGGAGAGGACAGGGAAGCUGAGCACGAAUGGCCCUGACAUGACAAUUCCACGUUGCACCCGACAGUCAUUCCAAAUCGCGCUUGACUCACUGACCAGCCUCGCAAACACCUUAACAGAGAUCGGCGAAGAGCGAGUCCUGGAGGAGAUCAGAUUUGCGAGUCUGACAACUCUUUCUGUCGAGUGUUUCUUCAAAGCCAUGCGUUCCGAUCAUGACAUGCCAACUAUUGUGGAGUAUGUUUAUAGACGAGCGCACUGUGUGGAAGAUGACAUGCUCCGAAAUUACCAGAAGCAUUUUACAUACUUCACAGGGCCGAACUCGUUUUAUCCGGAGAAGAUUAUCUCGGGCGAUCCACCAAGUCUGAUGCAGAGGCCAUCCAAGAAAACGCAGACGAAAGAGGGGACUGGUGAUGAGACAGAAGACCGCAGACUUGCAGAGACCAUGCGGGAAUUUACACGGGAGUAUGGGAGAGGAGUGCGACAAGCAAAUGUCCGAGCUAAGACAAAAAAGCUGACAGGAACCCUUCCAUACUCACUGAGUAUGCUGCCUGACCGAAUCGAAACGGGCUCAGACGACGUGCUAGACUUCGUAAGUGAAGCUCGAUCAACAGUCACAGUAAAUGACACCGGUGGAAGUACCAGGGUGCAGGUCUUGUACUACAAAGACGACAUCGUCGCCGUCAGACACGAUUACCGACGGAAAGCAUCUCCGUAUUGGCUCGCCGUUAUGGUUUUGAUAACGUUUUGGUCAUCGCUGCAACUGAACGAUUCCAAAAGAACAGCGUAACUUUCAGAUGGCUCGAUCAGACUAAUGACCAUCUGAAAUAUACCUUCGACGAGGUAUGCAACGGCAAUUCCCCAGAUCUCUGCUGGCAAAAGUAGAAAGCCUCACCAUUGAUGACCAGACCGCAACCAUAACUCCCGAAGAAGACAUAAUAAUAAUUCAAGUUUAUUCACAUAUGACCUCUCUUAGUGUUUCGACUGAAUUACAGGUAGAGACACAAAGCUAUACUAGCAGCAUUACAUUACAUUAAAGUACUUGUGCGUGACAAAGUCUCUUAGUCUGUUGGUGCGCGAAGACUGCAGGCUGGCCGAGCCCCUGCCUGAUCUUAAAGCGUAGGUUAUUGCCCUAGUAAUCGUUCCACAUCAGACACGGAAAGACACGGAAAGAUGAGAACGAAGAAGGAAAGUGGCUGGCUUCUUCUACCCCCCACAGACCCACAGAAGCAACAGAAGAGUCGUUCCCGAGGAGAGUGGAAGGCGUUAGUUUAUCAGGACGCUAAACAACGCGUUUCAUUUUACGAUAGUGAUGUCUACUUUAGUUAUUGUUAUAGGCUCGUGCCAAAAUACUUACCAUGGCUCUCCCAAACUCGCCCUGAUAUUCCACCAAAGCGGGCCACAAUGGCACGGUCAAACAAAAUAUCAGAGCCUGAUAAUGUGUUUUGAUAUACAAAGAAGUAGGCAUAUUCUCAGCAACAUUUAUUGCCCGAUGAGUUAAUAAGGUUUCCUUGAUCUAUUAAAUUUGCGACUUUUCGACUUAUAUCGAAGCAUAGUUAUCCACGUAACGCACAGACAAAAGAUACAGUAUGCUUUGAUAUGCAGUUUUGUUUUUUGACAGUAAUAAAAAAACUGUUUCUUUUAAAAUUUCUUGAUGUGGUCUACACAACGAGCGACACAACGCAAAACGUUUAUAAAUGGAAUCGAAAGGUAAAAACAAAACUUUACAGGCAUUAGAAAGAUUUAGAACAUAUAGGCACUGGAGGUAUUUAAAGUUUUGUAAAAAACCUGGAACACAAAAAUGGAAUCCGGUAUUCACGGGAAAAAACCCACAUGGAAUCCGGAAUCCACACACUAGGAUCCGGAAUCCACACACUAGGAUCCGGAAUCCAGAACCCUAUUGGAGAACCUGUCAUGGGGCGAAUUAUCCUUCAAAUAUCUGCAAUUAUCAACGAAUAACUUUAGUUUAAGACUAUUUUGGAAACCUGCAAACUAUUUUGCUUUAAAAUAAUAUAAAUAAGGAAUGAAUUCAAUCAUUUUAGUUCGUUCGUGCACAUCCUAGUCGAAGAGUGUGAGCACGUGGCGGUGUAGCUUUUUGAAAUGUAUUUCUUGACGGAUUGAAUUCAACUCAAACUCCCUACAACUAAACACAGUUGGACAAAGAUUGUCGUGGAAAGAACCACAAGUUUCGGCGAUGAAAAAGAUGGAUGGCAACAGAUGGAUUACUAAUCGUUCAUGGAAUAUAUUCGGGCUGUACAGUUAACUGCUUACAAAAGUAAAAACAUGGUCUGAACACUACCUGGAUAAGGACAUCAGCUUAUAAACUUUCUGAAGCAUUUGGUUGGCAUGUACAUCAAUUCAUGGAGUAUGGGCCAUUGUUUUACAUAUACUGUCGUUGUAAAGAAGAAGCAGUGGAUUUGAAUUUGACAGUGGAAUGAUAAUUUUGCUAUUUAUUGAAGGAUGCUUCAAUAUUCACUUCAAGUUGGCAUGGAUUCACAUGCAUAAUAUAUUUAUUUGGAAAUGCUAUUGUAAAAGACUUGAACUCCUAUAUCAACUUAAAUCAGGGAAUAGACGACAUGGUUAGUUGAAUGGAUAAUGUAGGUUUAGGGAACCUAUCAAUGAUAAGUUGAAUGGAUAGAAAUGAGUAUUUGGACAUUGGAUAUGGAAUGGACAAGAAUGCGAAAAAAAAAAGAAUGAUGUACACCUGCAGCUGUUUAUUUUGCUCUUUCAAGUUAGCUAUCUCCUCAUUUUUACUGGUGAUGAAUCAAAACAUCCAAGAAUCUGUGCAACCUGUGUAAUAGGAGAACACAAUCCAACAUGGUUUUGUGUCCAUCGUGCCAGCAAUGGCAGCAUAGAGGCUGCGCGAAAAUAAGUCUCUGACUACACAUCCAACUGGCGCUGCGUCUUUUGUAACAACUGAUUCUUAUACACUGUCUUCUUGAGUUACAGAUAGAAAAAUACAUGCUCUAGAAAAUGAAAUAAAAAAUUUUCCAGAUGA